AUGCCCAGUAGCCACAUGGAGAUAUUCACCAGCAAUUCCAUCGUGGGACAUGCGAUUGCUCACUGGGUUUAUUGUCUGCUAGAAUUCUUGCGCAAGACAGAAGUGGCCAACUGGCUCGCUAUUGCGGCCUUCAUUACAAAUGCUCUGCUGCUGGUAUCCUAUGCCGUAUUACCGGUCAAAGUGACACAUCGUCACUAUCUAAACGUCUGCUUAAUAUUAGGGAUAAUGUCAUUCCAAAUGGGCUUCAUUAUACCUCUCGGAUCAAAACCGAAGUUAUGCUACAAUGAAAUUACACCUAACGACAUGUUUUCAGAGCUCUCUUGCGCUUGGUCCGGUGCUUUCGUCUUAUUCGGUGCCUGGACAAGUAUAACAUGGAGUUUCUUCCGAACAUUAUCACUUCACCUACAGAUAUGCUGGAAUCUUGUGCUCGGGCAGAGAUUCUUCCUAGGCACUCUGGCGCUUGGCUGGGCUAUACCCCCCAUGGGACUCACCAUUGGCUUAGUCUUGACGGGCGUCUCUUACAGAUUCGGAAAUGUCUGCCAUAUUAACCAUGACAGGAGUAUAGCAGAUUUUUGGGGCCCGAUAUUGGCUAUUUCCGGAGCUUCGCUGCUCGUGCAUCUUAUUACCUUGCUUUACUGCAUGCAGGUAUACAUCAGAUCAGUAUUUGAAGAUAAGCCGCCUACAGACACGAGUUCAGCCUUCCCUUCCUACUCUGGCAGCGUGACGACUCUUACCUACCGCCAGACCUUUAAGCGCGUGAAACAUGUGAUGAAAAUGCAAUGGAGAGGCAUUGCCGUCGUGCUAGUCGUCAUGGCGUAUGCUAUAUUCUUCACUUGCGUCUUCCUUGACCUUGAUCAUUCGGUAGAGAAUACGCCGGAGAACGUCGAGGUAGUCAAACCUUGGAUACUAUGCCUUGCAUCUACAAAGGGAGAUGUCAAGUAUUGUCUACAUGAACAUCAAGGGCAUUUGCGAGGCCCUUCCGAGGGCCUGGUCUUUGCCGUUUUACUCCUCCUGACCUUCUGUGGCUUCUGGUCUGUUUUACUUUUAGGUCGAAUCUCUAUGAUUCCCGGUUGGGCGCAUUUCAUUAGGGACAAAUUCAGACCAAAGAAGGAUUUUCCGCCUCUAGGCAUUCCUCCAGGCAAGGACUAUGCAAUGCUUAGUUCUUCCUCUCGACACAACAAUACAAAAUCGCCCGACCCUCUACUAUCUAUGUCUCGCCAGUCGGACCUAUCCAUGACCACCUUCAAGGUGACCGGGGCAAAGGAAAGCGUGGAAUGUACCAAUGAUGAAAUCAAAUAUCCAAACCCCGUGAUGAGCUUCUCCAGGCCUCGCCCACCAAGCGCUCAACGAUCCGAACCGAAUGUACGAGACUGGGAUCCGCAGUCGACUUUUGCACGCAGCACUUCCAUGCGAUCCCGAGGCUAUUACUAUCCUGAAAACCGGGAUUCUCCCUCAAAUAUCAUAUGA